AUGGGAUGUUCGGGAGUGGAUCGAGUAAAUGAGAAUAGAGAGGGUGUGGGUACAGUGCCGCAUUCUAGUACGGAUGCAGUAGAGAUGACGAAUAUUCAACCCAAUCCACUCGUUUUAUCUGGUCCAUUGUUAAGUAGUAGCGAACAGUCUUUAUUGGGAAAGAAGGGUUUCAACUCUCCUAGAAUCAAGUUCAUUAGUGAUAAAGUAGAUCCUGUGACAAGAGAUCGGGAGUACAAGGCACAUUCUAUGGAUAUUGAAGAAGGUACUUUUUAUAAUCAAAGUGGUGCGAAUAUUAUCUCUUCGGAAAGAGAAAUACCUUGUCUGGUACAGAAGGAACCUACUGAAGGGCUAAAGGAUGUGAAGAAAAGUAAUUGUUUUAUAUGUAUUCUGUUGUUGAUAUUUUCUGUACUAAUAGGAGUUGCUGGAGGAAUUGCUACCGGUUUUGUUGGAUAUCACUACAAUAUGCGUAAUCAGCGAGCAGCUUUAUCAGUCAAGAACUCUAUUGUCUUAAAUAGUUCUGUUGGUGUUCUUCAUUCUUUACAGAAUGAUUUGAAAUCAGGCUCUUUAUCACUCUUAAAUUUUAUAGAUUAUAUGGGAACAAACUUCUCAACAUCUGAUGAAAUGCUGGAUGCAUAUAAUGAGACCUUUUUUACGUACACCACACUUGCAUUUAGGGGAACAACAGGAGUUGAUCGUUAUGGUGUUUAUAUACCUUUUUGUACCCCAGAUCUUGUAUCAAGUGGAAACUGCCCAGAUGGUGUGUAUUUAGAAUACACUUGUCAGCCAUUACGUGGAGGAGAAAGGAAAUGCUAUUACCGUACUGCCACUAAAGGUAUGGAGGAAGUAUAUGAAGUAGGUAUAAAUGAAUAUGGAGCCGUUAAAAAUAUGUCUUGGUUAGGUAGUAAAAAAUUUGUGGGUGAUCCAGUGAAUCUCACUCGUUUAGAGAAUAAUCAAAGCGCUUAUUACCUUGAAUCAGGUGUAUCAACAUCUUCUGAUGGAAGUUUGCAUUCUACGUUAACUUAUCAAAGAGUAUGGGUAAAAGGUGAUCGAUACAUUAUCUCUACAGCGAGUGGCUAUACUAGUAAUUGGUUUCGAAUAUUUGAUGAAAGUUUGCAUAAAGCAGAUAUAAGUUAUGCCAUGAUUUUUGAUACAACUGGAGAUAUAUUAGCCUAUUCCUACGGAAGUAAAGUAUAUCCUACUGGUAUUCCUUGUAAAAGUCUUGAUCCAGAUGGUGUGGAUCUAAAAAACUUAACUAGAAUAGCUGGUUGUGGGAAAAAUGGAGGUGAUGUUCUAGACGGUAUUGUAGAUCUGUUAGAAUCCUCUCGGAAUUCAACUUUUGGAUUAUCACACUAUCCUGGUAUUGAUCGUGCUACGGUGAUGGAACAUGAUGGUUACGUGAUCGCUAUACAAACUUUUUUGGAUAUUUUAGGCGAAAAUUUAAGCCACCGAACGUUUUUUGCUGCAUAUACUACUCCAAUUGUAAAAGGCCUUGAUGAACAAAAUGCACUACAAAUUAUGAUAUGUAUUGUAAUUGUAGUUGUUUCUAUUUGUAUCCUUGGUGGAGUGAGUCUAUUUUCUAUAAAUCAAUUACAAAAAACGUUACAAUUGGUAUCUGAACUAGCUGUUAAUGUAUCAACUUAUGAUUUGGAAAAGAUGCAAAAAGUUCUUGAUCGUAGCGAACUAGGUUGUAAUGCAUGGUUCGGAUUUUUAGGAGGUAACUUACUGAGGGAGGAAUUUUCUAAAAUUCUAUUUAAUCUCAAAGCUUAUCGUCCUUUUUUACCUCAAGCAUUAUUGACAAACUUAUCCCAUGGAGUACGUGAUUCCAAUCAAAGUGGAUCUGAUUCGUUUGAACCACCUCUUUGUGAUGAUGAUUAUAAUAUGAGGAGUUAUGGUAUUUCAGGAGGUGCACUUUUACCAUCACCACAAUUAGGUUUAAUUGACAGAAAUACUGGAUAUCAUAAUGAAGUGAAUGAAGAUUCUGUUUACCUCGCAACCGGUGGCUGUCCAUUAAAAAGGUUAAAAAGUGUAAAGGGUACAGUAAUAGUUAUACAGUUAUUAGAUUGUAUAAUAGAGGAAUCUGGAUCUGUUUCCCUAAUUGAUCACUUUUUAGCUUUUGUUUUACAACAUGUAAGAGGAAAUGGAGGUGUUGCAGAUCAUAUUGGAACUGAUCAAGUGAUUGCUACUUUUAAUUUCCAUAUACCAGUUAUACGUCAUCAACAAAAGGCAUGUCAAUGUGCUAUAGCCAUUCAAGAAGAUUGUCAAAAAGCUGAACUUCGUGUAGCUAUUGCCAUUGCAUCAGGAUCAAAUUAUGUAUGUACAGUUGGUACGGAUGAACAAAAGGCCCGGGUGGUGGCUGGAGAUAGUGUAGACUUUGCCAAACAACUCGUAACGCUCAAUCCCUAUCUUGGCGUCACAAUCCUCGUCACUCAGCAGGUGGCCCACGCCUCUGGGGUGGUGGUGGUGCCGGUGGAUAAUGUGGAGGUGUACUCCCCGCGCUGCCAUGCGAUGACCCGGCAUCUCGUGCUGGAAGUGGUCUCCCUCCACCACCAGCCCCUCUCGCCCGAGCAGAGCCUCACGAAGGAAGUCUUCCAUCUCAUUCUCGCCCGCCAGCAGGAGCGGGCCCUCCAGGCGGUCGCUGACUUUAUGCGGCGCUUCCCAACCCGGGCGGAGGUGCCGUGGCGGGCCAGACGUCUCUACGAGUUGUGCUCCCGCAACGCCGCGCUCAUUGACAGCGGAUACUUCCGACGGGCCCUUUACUGGACACCACUCGAAGGCGAGGCAUGGCUCCAGCGCUCUAUUAGCAAUACCUACUCCAACAGCAACAACAACAGUAGUAAUAAUAACAGUGGUAGUAAUAAUAAUAAUACUAAUAAUAAUAAUAAUAAUAAUAAUAAUAAUAGUACCGCGAUCGUGGGAGGAAGUGCGUCUCAUCGUGUAUGUGAUGUGGAACGGGCAAAGGAGAAAAUUGAUGAGCACUCUCAAUCUGGUAAACGUACUGUCGUGAUGAAAGCCAUAUCACAAGGUGAAGACGCACUUAUCUCGGUCUUUUUGAAUGAUGAGGAUUCACCAGAAGAGGGCGAUGAUGCUGUAGAACAUCGGGGCUUGAGGGUUAUACAGGAUAGCUUGUCAAGACCACCUCUUCCUAGGUGUGUGGAAGAUAUUAAUCAACAGAUUUUUUACCGUACGGAUGAAUUAUUGGGAAAAGGACAGUUUGGAGAAGUUUAUCUUGCUAUAUCUUCCAGUGGAAGUUUUGUUGCCACAAAAGUAUUUCCACUAGAGGAUGAUAAUGGAGCUGCCUUGGUUCGUGAAGUUGAAGCACUUAUUCAACUUCGUCAUGAUCAUAUCUUAACUUAUGAUACAUGUGCUAUUCAAGAUGGAUUCUUCUUUAUAUUUACAGAAUACAUGGCGGCAGGAAAUAUGCGUAAAUUAAUUUCUCGUCUUGGUCAAAUUCCAGAGGAAGCUGCUAGAAAAUAUAGUCGUGAUAUUCUCUAUGGGUUACAAUUUCUUCACAGUAUGAAAUAUGUACACUGUGAUGUGAAACCAGAUAAUGUUUUACUUUCAUCAGAAGGGACAUGUAAACUUGGAGAUUUUGGUACCGUAAGACUUUCUCGAAGUUUGACAGAUAGAGUUGCAGCUAUACGUGGUACACCACGUUAUAUGGCACCAGAGGCAGUAUUAGGAAAUUGGACUGUAAAGGCAGAUGUUUACAGUUUUGGACUAACAGUAGCACAUAUGCUACUAGGACACAAUCCCUGGUCUCAUUAUAUUGAACCAGAUGAACAUUUUAUUGUCCGACUUGCACGAAAUACGGGUGAUAUGAAACCUGAUUUGCCAACGGGAUUGAAGGAUAAGGAGCUUGAAAGUGCUAUUCACAGUUGUUGUGAAUUUGAUCCAUCCAAGCGUCCUAGCGUAGAUGAUUUGAUCUCUUUGCUAUCAUAA